AUGUUCUUUCUUAAUGCGUACAGCGCAUGCCUUGGCACUGGCUACUAUGGCGCCGGUCUCGGCUACGGCUACGGCGGUCUCGGUUGUGGAGGAUGCGGUGUAGGCGGCAUUGGUUACGCCGGUUUGGGUUAUGAUGGCUUCGGUUACGGCGGACUUGGCUACGGCGGCCUUGGUUAUGGCGGUUGGGGCUAUGGUGUCGGUUACGACGGUAUUGGUGCUGGUUACGGUGGUGCCGGUGUUGGUAACGUAGCUGUGGCCGGUGAGCUGCCCGUGGCUGGUACUACCGCCGUCGCUGGUCAGGUGCCCAUCAUCGGCGCUGUCGGUUUCGCCGGUGCUCUCGCCGCUGGUUCUGUCUCCAUUGCCGGUCGUUGCGGCUGUGGUUGCGAGAGGACCCUAUCUCUACUGAAGAUAAUAGUCGACAAAUGA